AAAGGCGUUUGAAAAGGCCAGAGGUUACUCACUUCUCUCGCCCUCCUCUUCUUCCUUUCCGUUCGCUGCACACCACACCACCACCGUGCGUGACGACACCGAGCCGCCGCCGUAGCAGCCUCCCGCUGGGGGCGCCCGCCGCCUAGCUUCUGACCGGUCGACGCGAAUUCGUCCGCUGAGGUUCACCGCCCUGCUUGAACGACGAGUAGCGGAGGCCGGAGGGAGAUGUCGGCCCCCCUCGAUCGGCUUGCCAGGCCAUGUUUUGAGGGUCCAUCUAGCCAUGAUGAACGUAAAGAACGGAAAUCGGAUGUGGGAAACUCUGAGGAAGAUAGAAGAACAAGAAUUGGAUCUCUGAAAAAAAAGGCCAUAAAUGCAUCUAACAAAUUUAGGCACUCUUUGAAGAAAAAGAAUAGGCGAAAAAGCGACAUUCGAGGAAAUUCUAUAUCUAUUGAAGAUGUGAGAGACUUUGAGGAGCUACAAACAGUUGACGCAUUUCGCCAAUCACUCAUAUUAGAUGAGAUGCUACCUGCAAAGCAUGAUGACUACCAUAUGUUGCUACGAUUUUUGAAGGCAAGGAAGUUUGACAUUGAGAAAGCAAAACACAUGUGGGGAGACAUGCUUCAAUGGAGGAGCGAGUUCGGUGCUGAUACUAUAAUUGAGGACUUUGAGUAUACAGAAUUAGAUGAAGUUCUGCAGUACUACCCUCAUGGCUAUCAUGGUGUUGACAAAGAAGGAAGGCCUGUAUACAUUGAAAGGCUUGGAAAAGUUGACCCAAACAAACUCAUGCAUGUAACUACUAUGGACCGUUAUGUCAAGUACCAUGUGAAGGAAUUUGAAAAGAGUUUCUUAAUCAAGUUCCCAGCUUGUUCAAUUGCUGCAAAGAGGCACAUUGAUUCAAGUACAACAAUUCUAGAUGUUCAAGCCGUGAGUCUAAAAAAUUUCAGCAAGACAGCACGGGAUUUGAUGACCAGACUGCAAAAUAUCGACAAUGAUAACUACCCAGAGACAUUGUAUAGAAUGUUCAUCGUCAAUGCCGGUCCAGGAUUUAGGAUUCUCUGGAGCACUGUUAAGUCUUUCCUUGACCCAAAGACAACUUCAAAGAUACAAGUCCUUGGAGCUAAGUUUCAGACCAAGUUACUUGAAAUAAUUAAUGCAAAUCAACUGCCAGAGUUUCUUGGUGGCUCUUGUACCUGUUCAGAGCUUGGAGGAUGCCUUAAAGGUGAAAAGGGGCCCUGGACAGACCCAAACAUAUUGAAGAUGGUCAUCAGUGGCAAAGCUUGCUGUAAGAGGCAAAUAGUAGCAGUUUCCAAUGAUGAUGAGAAAAUAAUUGCCUACGGGAAACUAAAAUACUCUGCUAAAAGGGGCAGUGACACAUCUACUGCUGAAUCUGGUUCUGAAGCUGAUGACAUUACAUCUCCUAAGGCAAUAAGAACUUAUGGUAAAAAUCCUAUGCUGACACCAGUUCGCGAAGAACAGGCAAAACUGAUGAAGGCUGCAAACGUUUCUGCUGGUUAUUCUGAGUACGAUGUAUGUGUACCAAUGAUUGACAAAGUUGUCGAUGGGACAUACUUCUCUGACAACACAAAAUGCUCUGAAAGUCGUCAUGCUCGAGUAAUUGCAUGGCUUGUGGCAUUUGUUAUGAUGGUGACCACACUUUUCCGUGCAUUCUUUAGUCGCAUUCCGAAAAACACACUGGACAAAAGUUCGGAAGUGGAUGACAACCUUUCGGCUUAUUCACUGGACUACUCAACAACUAAAGAAGAAUUCCGCCCACCUUCACCAGCUCCUGAAUUCACCGAGGCAGACAUUCUUUCAUCUGUCCUGAAGAGACUCGCAGAGCUCGAAGAGAAAAUCGAUGUUCUCCAGUCAAAACCCUCGGAAAUGCCUUCUGAGAAAGAGGAGCUGCUUAAUGCUGCUGUCCGUCGUGUGGACGCAUUAGAGGCUGAACUAAUUGUGACUAAGAAGGCCUUGUAUGAUGCUCUUAUGAAGCAGGAGGAAUUGCUUGCAUAUAUUGACAGACAAGAGUUUGCCAGGUUUGAGAAGAAGAAGAAAUUUUUUUGCUUCUGAAGAGAAAUGCCGUGCAGGUUACCUGCCCACCGCUUAAUAGUAUGUAUUUUGGUGUGGUAGAGCUUGUAAGUAAUUUUCCUUGCAAUCCAUGGUUGCAGCCCCGGCUUGAAAGAUUCCAUUAUCUCUGUACAUGGCUUUUCAAGCGCGUCUCUGCAGCCUGUUUCUGUACCCUUCUCAAGAUCCAUAUCCAUAUAGAAACAGUCGUCUUAUGCAUCAUUCGGUGGAUUCUAGCAGCCGCUCCCCUUGUGCUUUGGAGAAGCUUCAUCCAAUGCCUCCAAUUAGGAGAAGGGUUAUUUUACUUCUAACAAGUAAAUACGCAUGUACGUUGCUACAUGCGAAACCAAUUAUCACAAUGUAAUACUAAACAUAAUUUUAUAAAAUGUGAUAUAUUAUAUA